AUGGAACUUGUAUAGGCAUGUCCUAUCAUGUCCUAUCCAUUCUUAUAUUAUCUAUUUUCUAUAUUGUUCUGUGAUCUAGGGAAGGUUACUAUGAUAUUACCAUGGUUAGUAUGUUAUCAGUGAUUUUACGCGGGACCAGUCCACAACAACAACUAAAACCAUACUGUUGUCUGUUGAGUGUCGACCACGAAUAAAUAUUAUAAAGAAUAUUAUAUUUGUAUUUUGUGUGCGGGUGCAGGACGUACCUAAAUUAAAUUAUUAUUAUCCUUUUCAUACUAUUAUAUUAAACCUAAUCAGUAAUCAUACAGUUUAUUACAAUUUACCAGUGUUCGAGUAACAAGUAACGAGUCACAGGUUUACAGCUGUAGUUCACUAGUUUUCAUUUUUUAAUCUGUUACUAAUAAACACCUACUAAAAAUUAAAAAAGGGUAUUUUUGUGUUUCUGUCAAUCCCUCGAUAGUGAGACAAAAUACUAGCUGCAAUAUUUAGAACAGAAAUUUGGAUUUAAUUUAUCCUACCACAGUUGAUGACAUUUUACUUCUCAUUCAUAUCUGGUAAACAAUGGCGUACAAUGAUAUGCAUAGACAAUUGUUGCAGUAUUUCAUGCACGAAAGAAUGGUUUUUGAAAAAGAUGCUAAAAAGGUGAUUCAAAUUCUGUUUCCCGAGAAAAACACUGAUAACAUUAUUGAACUAAUAAACUCUAAAAUUUCUCCACUUGAAUUCAAAAUCAACAAAGUGGUAUGUGAACAAAAUGGCAAUGUGGCCUAUGUAUUCAUUGCUACGUUUAUUGAAGAUUUUAAUGCUAAGCCGGAUCCAAGCAAAAUAAUCUUUGGCGGACUCGUUAAUCAUAUUUUUGCUUCAGGUGGAUCAGUAACGUAUGACCAAUUAAUGACAUUUUCUAAGAAUAUGUCUGAUGCUCAGUUGGAUAACUUUUUUGCAUCAAAAUAUUUGAUUGCUGACGAAGACAAAAAUAUAUUUUUGUCACCAUUGGCAAUUAGCGAAUUAGAAGGGUAUUUGAUCGAAAAAUUUCAGGACAAAAGAUGUAUGGGUUGUAUGAGUAUUGUUGGACAUGGUAUCAAAUGUCAGUCAUGUGAAAAAUUUGCACAUGGACAUUGCUUGACUGCAUAUUUUAAAAAUGUGGGCAGCAAGAAGUGUCCCAAAUGUUCUAAGACAUUAGAUGUUAGUUGGUUCUCGAUAAAAACAGUCAAUAACUUAUAAUAAAUCUAUUUGAUUUAUGAUUAUUACCUAAAUGGCUUACUAUACAAUUUAAUAUUUUUUUAAUGUAAUAUGUAAUUUAUAAAACAUUUUGAGUGUAAACAUGUUAUGCAUUAAUUUUUUGGCUAUUUGUUACAUGUUAUUGUAUAUAAUAUUUAAUUUAAAAUUACAGCGCUGUUGCAUAAAACUGUAUGUUAUUUAUAGACAAAUAGAUAGUUAACUGUAAAUUAUAAAUAAAAUGUAGCAGGCUAAUAUCUAUAAAUGCUUGUCAAAGAAAAAUAUGUCUUUAAUUAAGAAGAGGUAUUUCAAUAAGUAAUACUAAUUUACAACUUUAUAAAAACAUUUUGGAAUUUACUAAUGAUUUGGGUAUUAAAUAUAUAAUUAUUUAAGACUAGUAUAAACAUAAUACUUAUUAUUUUAUGAUGUCUAAUGAAUGACUUGUAUUUUUAUUAGUACAAAUAUUUUAUUGACUUAGUAAAGUAUAAAAUGUAAUUUCUAUAUAUAAAAGUAUUAAAGUAUAACAGCAUAUUGUUCUUAAAUUUUAUUUGUAAAAUGUGUAAUAUGUAUGUAAAAUCAUUGCAUAUGAUUCAAAAUGUACAGUAUACUAAUAAAAUAAAAAUAAAUUUUUCAUCAGUUAUUAUGUGAUUUUAAGUUAAUCAUUCAUACCAUUGUUUAAGUGUAAGUAGUCUAUUGCUAAUAUUAUGUCAACCAAUAGGUAUUAUUUUGAUGAAUAUUGUAUAAGAAUAUGUUUACACAAAUUGAUUAUAGAAUAUAAAAAAAUAAUA